UGCAACUAGAGAAGAGUUGGCUGGGACUUGUGAAGAGCAGAUACACGGACGGCAUCGUAUGGUGUGAAAUCUCUCAGAUAGAGACAUCUGAGCCUCCGGAGAAAGCGCUGGAAAAGGCAAUGAGGUGUGUUAAGAACUUGAGCUGCCUUAAGUGGAAGGUACCCAGGACACCAACGACGAUUCCACUCCAUAAAAAAGGUGUGAAGGCGGAUGCCCAAAAUUAUAGAGGUGAAAUCUCUCAGAUAGAGACAUCUGAGCCUCCGGAGAAAGCGCUGGAAAAGGCAAUGAGGUGUGUUAAGAACUUGAGCUGCCUUAAGUGGAAGGUACCCAGGACACCAACGACGAUUCCACUCCAUAAAAAAGGUGUGAAGGCGGAUGCCCAAAAUUAUAGAGGUGAAAUCUCUCAGAUAGAGACAUCUGAGCCUCCGGAGAAAGCGCUGGAAAAGGCAAUGAGGUGUGUUAAGAACUUGAGCUGCCUUAAGUGGAAGGUACCCAGGACACCAACGACUGUGCUGAAUAGGUGCGUUUGCCAGGGAUUUCGAGGGCCCGGACUAAUGAUUACGAAAAGCGGUGACGAACAUUAAAAACAAAUUAAUAGACCAAACUGAUUUAAGAACAAUA